UGCCCUGCCGCACAAGCGACGUCUGCGGCGGUCUGCGCGGUGCAGGAGGCAGUGCUCUCCCAGGAGUGUUGCUCAGAGCCAAUCGUUGCCGCAAGCGAGACGGCGCAGCGAUGAUUAUACACAAAAAGCGUCAAGAAACGAUCCGGUGCGCUGGUUUGCGCAACUCCUGAGCAGUUCUGGCUGCCAAAACCUUGCAAGCUUGCCAAUAAUACCUAGCGUCAACAAUCACACUAGCGAGCCGCUUACUUGUCGGCACGAUGCGUUUAGAUUAAUUAAUUGCACAUGCGGAGCACUCAUCAAAGCACCACAACCGGAAACGCCACAGAAAUAGCGGCCCCAACAUCCUCCGCCAGUACCUCCACCGACACCACGGUCCCGUCCGGCAGGGCCACGCCGACGACGUCGCCGGCGCGUCGUUCGGGAGGCACGGCGACCUCCACCACCCCGCCCAGUUCCAACCGCGCCCCCUCACUCACACCCUCUGGCACGAGAACGUGCACGACGCCAAAGUCCGUGUUCACUCUAAGGACGUCGCCCGGCUCGGGCCCCGCCGGCAGGUCAACGACCGGCGCGCUCGCCGGCAGUAAUUGCGGCGCCGGCUUCGUGUCGUCGACCACCUCCACUUUGGGCGUGGCGUCGUCCUUCUUCACCACAAUAAUCGGCGUGCCGUCCUCGACGCGUCUCGUCGCGAUGACCUGCCGCCCGUUUUUUUGCGAGGUCUUCACCGUCUCCUCGCCCGCUCGAGCGACCAAGGACACGUUGCCGUCCGGGAGGAGCUCGACGCCGCAGUCCGCGAGGGCCUCCGCGUCAUUCAGCGACUCUCGUCUGACGGUCUCGCCCUUGGCGAUGGCGUCAUUCACGACAUUCGAGAACCUGGAAGAAUUCGUCUGGUCCGUCAGCCCCGCGUUGUCCGCGAGCAUGUGCCGCGCGUCGCAGCCCAUGCACUUUCCAAUAACAACGCCCUCGUUCCACGCGACGCGACUCACCGAGAUGGCGUUCCUCGUCUCGCAGCGGUUGCAGGUGUACACCAACGUGAAGCGCUCGGACAGCGGCACCUGGACGCGCGCGACUUUGCUGGGGUCGAGCUCGCCGAAGCCCUUGCCCCCCGCGAUCAGUGAGGUGGAGCGCGUGAGGUGGAGCGGCGUGAAGGCCGCCGCGGCGGUCGUGAGGGCGACGAGUGCUCUCAUCGCUGCGAUGUGAGAAGCUGCUUUGGAGAGGCGAUUUGAUCGCUUCUUUCGGUCCUGCCGACUGCGUAGCAGUGAGAGCUAUCACAAAAACGCUUUUGUGAGCACGAAUGGCGCUCUCUGUCGCUUGUAAAGGCAGAAUGCAAGUUGGCGGUACUAGCGUCAUGUGAG